UUGGAAACCACUCCAGUUAUAUAUAGAUUUGCGUUUCCUCAUAGCUUUGGUCAUAUGACUGACUGUUUUUCUGUGGUAGUGAAAACAGCAACACAGAUCAUUUGCUGUCUCGCCGGGUGUGAAAAAGACACAAUUGAUAUGAUACGGUUCAGGUUUCAUGUUCUUUUACGUUCAGGCUGCCUUUAACCAGGUGUCUUUGGUUUAAAAUCCGUCACAAGCAGGUUUCGUUGACAUCAUGGCUCAGUGACAUCAUUUUACAAACUUAAUAUUUUCCGGGUCAGCCAAGUGUCAUGCCUCAACCAAAUGGCUACUCCAUCAACUCGGCCCCUUCGGACGAGAGCGAGGACGUUAAACCCCUCAUUGAGAGUGAUGCAGUCCCUCCUCGGUGCUGCUCGGCUCGCCUCAACCUGGCCUUCCUGAUGUUUCUCGGGUUCGCUGUAGUCUACGGUCUUCGUGUCAACCUCAGUGUUGCCAUGGUAGCCAUGGUGAAUAUCACUGACCCCGAACCAGCCCAGAACACCUCUGUAAUCUAUGCCUGUCCACUGCCAGGAGGGUCGGAAAACACCAGCGACACUUUCCUACAACCUGAGGGGACCCCACAGUACCCGUGGGACUCGGAGACUCAGGGCUGGCUGCUGGGAGCCUUCUUCUUCGGCUACCUGUGUACACAGAUCCCGGGGGGCUACCUGGCCGGUCACUUCGGGGGGAGCAUCUUCCUGGGUUUGGGUGUGCUGGGCACCGCUGUCCUCACGCUGCUCACCCCUCUGGCUGCCCAGAUGGGUUCGUACUGGCUGUUUGCACUCCGAGCAUUGGAGGGCUUUGGAGAGGGUGUGACAUUCCCGGCCAUGAUGGCCAUGUGGGCUCGCUGGGCUCCUCCUCUGGAGCGCUCUCGUCUGAUGACCCUGUCAGGAUCUGGGGCCAACUUUGGGGCCUUUUUGGCUCUGCCUCUUACCGGUUACAUCUGCCAAACCUUAGGCUGGCCCGCUGUCUUCUACCUCUGUGGGAGUGCUGGUUGCCUCUGGGCAGUCUUUUGGUUUAUUUUUGUAUCCAAUGACCCUCGCACCCACCGUCGAAUCAGUGAAGAGGAGCGAGAUUACAUCAUAAAUUCCAUCGGACCUCAGGGUACAGGUCAUGGCUGGGCCGUGCCCGUGCUGCCCAUGUUGCUGUCGGUCCCUCUGUGGUCCAUCAUCAUCACCCAGAUGUGUUCGAACUGGAGCUACUACACCCUGCUCACCUCCCUGCCCACCUACAUGGAUAAUAUCUUGCACUUUGACCUACAAUCGAAUGGAUUUCUCUCCGCCCUGCCGUACCUCGGUGCCUGGUUAAUCUCGACUCUGUCAGGUGUCGUAGCAGACCGUCUGAUUGAGAGGAAGGUGUUCAGCAUCACCAACGUACGCAAGCUCUUUACACUCGCAGGUGUGUUGCCAGCGUCAGCUCUCCUCGUGGCUGUGAGUUACGCCGGCUGCAGCCACAUCCUUACCGUCACCUUCCUCACGCUCUCCACAACGAUAGGAGGGGCCACCGCCUCCGGGGUCUACAUCAACCAAAUAGACAUCGCUCCUCGAUAUGCAGGAAUACUUCUAGGAAUCACCAACACUUUUGGGACCAUUCCUGGUGUCUUGGCACCCAUUGUUACAGGAUACUUUACUAAGGAUCACACCCUGGCAGGCUGGAGGAUGGUGUUCUGGGUGGCUGCUGGGAUCAACGUCGGCGGAGCUCUCGUCUUCACAAUAUUCGGCAGUGGGGAGAUCCAGCCGUGGGCCGGCACCGAGGAGGAGAGUGUGGAAGCAAAGAAAGACCGGAGCAGGUCCAUCUCCACAUAAAACAUGAAAGUUCAGGCGAAAACAUCUGACAAACGCAAAGAAAAGUGGCAGAUGUUGUACGGCUUUAAAAGACAGUGGCAUGUAAUUAAGCCCAGGGGAAGAGAUUUGAGCACUACCUCUAUAAAUUAAUAAUAAUGAAUUACAUUUAUAUAGCGCUUUAUCAUAGACUCUCAAAGCACUUCAGGGGGAGGACUACUCUCUAACACCACCAGUGGCCCAAUCCUAACGUCCGGACUCACGGACUUACAGACUUUUGGUGCACGUUUUUGCAAAAUUCGUAAGGGCUUAGUGUUCCCAAUUCCCAAUGUCAAAUUUCAAAGGGCUUGAGGGUUUGAGUACACACUUACCGAGCCCUUACCGUGAGUCUGCAUC